AUGUCCCAGAAGGAGCGCGAACAGCUGCAGGCCGAGCUGUCCAUCCUCAAGGAACUCCGACACCCAAACAUUGUCGCCUACUUCGAGCGCGACCACAUCAAGGCCUCGCAGGACCUCCACCUCUACAUGGAAUACUGUGGAAACGGCGACCUCGGACGCGUCAUCCGCGACCUCAAGAACAAGAACCAAAUGUGCGAGGAGGAGUUUAUCUGGAGCAUCUUCAGCCAGAUUGUGAGCGCCCUGUACCGAUGCCACUACGGUGAAGACCCGCCCGCGGCUGGCCGCAACGUCAUGGGCCUGGUCGGCAACGCGAAGCCUGUCCGUGAUCCACGCAAGCCCAUGAUCCUUCAUCGGGAUCUGAAGCCCGAGAACAUUUUCCUUGGCGACGACAACUCAGUCAAGCUCGGUGACUUUGGUCUCUCCAAGAUUCUCCAGUCGCACGACUUUGCAUCUACCUAUGUCGGCACCCCGUUUUACAUGUCCCCCGAGAUCUGCAAGGCCGAGCAGUAUGGACCGCACUCCGACAUCUGGGCCCUGGGAUGCAUCAUAUACGAGAUGUGCACAAAGUCUCCUCCUUUCAAUGCCAAAACCCACUUUGAGCUCAUUUCCAAGAUCAAGCUGGGACGCUACCCCGACAUACCUGCUUGCUACUCGGCCGAACUACGAAAAGUCAUUGCCAGCUGCCUCAACACAACUCCCGAUCAGCGCCCCGACACUGCCGCACUUUUGAACUUGCCCAUUGUCAAGCUGAUGCGCAAAGAGCAGGAGGUGGUCAAGCUUGGCCAGGACCUUCGGGAACAGAGACUGCUCACUGCAAAGCGUGAGAAGGAAGCAAGCGAGGCGAUUUCCCGGAUACGCAAGGAGCUCGACGACCAGCUGCGCCGAGAAUGGGAGGUCAAGGCUCAGCUCGAGAUUGAGCGGCAGGUAAAGCUGCAGACCGAGCAGCGCAUCCAAAAGGAACUUGCCCAUCUCCAGGCGACAUUCGAGGGCGAGGUGAACAGGCGUGUGGAACGCGCUCUGAAGAUGUACCCAGCCCGCCUCAGCACCUCUCCAAAGCUUGUUGCCCGAUCGAGCACGCCCACGACAUCGGCAACAGAGCCAUCUGCGGCCUUGUUCCCAGUCACGGCGUCGGCUGCGUCUUCGACUGGUUCGCAAAAUACACUCAACACCGACUCCGACUUUGCCAGCGGAACAGACAUCUCGUCACUUUCGCUCGAUGACACUACCGAAGAUGCUGCUGUUGCACCCAAGCCAAAGGCGAAGCGCCCGUCUCGCGGUCCUCUCAUGCGUGCCCGCACCAUGUUCAACCAGCACUCAUCCACACAAGCCCCCAAUUCCCCCAUGGACGUUCAGAUGGCCGAGCCUUCACCUGCCCCGACAUCCCUCAAAGGUCUUUCUCUUUCUCCUCGUCGCAACGCGCAGCCUAAGCAGAACAUUUUUGCUGCGGCCAAGGAGGGUGCCAAGAAGUGGGAGGCUGAUGUUCCCCCAUCGCCAACAGAGGCAGAGUGGAAUGGUGACUUUGACGACGACGACGAUCUUCCUGUGUUACCAUCUCCCACACGAGCUCGAAGCUCUUCGGGCAGUCGUCCUCUGAACGACGACCCCUUCAAAGUACUUGCUAAUGCUCAAGCUCCGCUUCUCAAGGCGAAUGCGCGUCUCGGAAGUGCACCAAAUCUUCUUGGUCCCAGGACCACCAAGCCGCGACCUGUGUCUGCAGUUCCCAUUGUCGCAGCAUCUCCCUCACGGCAAAAGGCCAAAUCAACCGACAGUGCGACGUCGUCACCACGCAAGGCGGGCGCUACCACCAAGGCAGUGCCAUUUGCUGGCCUCCCAUCAAAGAAGGGUAACGAGGCGUUCCGUGUCCAAGCCAUGCGCAACAACGGCGGUGUCCAGGGCCGUACACUGGUUGAACUUCAGCAAGCACGCGGCAUUCCCGUCCAGACUAUGAGUGAGGAUGAGGGUGCAGCAAAGAAGGGUUUUGGUUACGGUGGACGGAGAAGCCCGGUGAAACAACGAGCCGGCGGCAUCAGCCCACCUGCAGUCUGGGAUCCCGAGACCGAACCCGAGAUGCCGUCACCCUUCAUCGUCCGCAGCAAACGCAUGGUCCGAUAG